AUAAAUGUACAAAUCUUAUUGAUCAACGUCUCAACCAAAUAUGACCAAAAUGUCCAGGUUGAAAUAACGUUAUUUGCCCAGUGGGUUGGGUUUGGUUGYUGAAUUCUUUCUGCCCACCAGAAUGUACCCAUCUUCCUGUGAUACCUUUGUGGCUCUGCCCCCUGCCACCCAGGGACAGCGCAUCGUCUUCGGAAAGAACUCCGACAGGCCCUGUGAUGAGGUCCAGGAGGUGGUCUACUUCCCUGCAAGAGACUACAAUGCAGGAGAAAAAGUUGAAUGCACGUACAUCGAAAUUGAGCAGGCAGCCCAUACCAAUGCGGUUGUGCUGAGCAGACCAGCCUGGUUGUGGGGGGCUGAGAUGGGGGCUAACGAGCAUCAGGUGUGCAUCGGAAAUGAGGCAGUUUGGGGCAGAGAGAGUGCUGAGGACGAGGAGGCCCUUCUUGGCAUGGAUUUUGUCAGACUUGGUCUGGAGAGAGCAGAGACUGCUCAGAAGGCUGUGGAUGUUAUUGCUGAGCUGCUGGAGAAAUAUGGCCAGGGAGGAAAYUGCAUGGAGGACCAGUCUGGCUUUACCUACCACAACAGCUUCCUCAUCUCCGACAGRACUGAGGCCUGGGUGAUGGAGACGUCUGGGAAGUACUGGGCAGCAGAGMAAGUGGGAGAUGGAUAUCGUAAUAUCUCCAAUCAGUACUCCAUAACAACCAAGAUAGACAAGGAACACCCUGGGAUGAGGGAGUAUGCCAAGAGCCAUGGCUGGUGGGAUGGGAAGGCCCCGUUCAGUUUUGCUGAGACAUACUCUUUCAUGACUACAGCCAGAAUAGAGGCAUCUAGCAGCAGAUACUGCGAAGGACGGAACCUACUMGAGCGAAGUAAAGGACACAUCACAGCUGAGACAAUGAUGGAAAUCCUGAGGGACAAGGAGAGUGGCAUCAACAUGGAGGGGAUGUUCAUGACAACAGGAAGCAUGGUGUCUGUCGUACCAACAGACUCCACCCUGCCAGGGGUGCACUACAUCACUGGAACACCUGACCCUGAGAGGUCUGUUUUCAAACCUUUCAUCUUUGUGAAAGACAUUAAACAGUUGAAGCAAACUAGCUCUCCCUGUUAUGGCCCUGAUGACCCUGUGAAGAAGAUACCUCGUUUCCAGAGCAAGCCAGAUCGCAAACAUCCACUGUUUAUCAAACACGAGGUGGUGGCUGCAAUCAUUGACAGCACCAAGGACAAAGGAAAGAAGAUCCUGCAGAAUAUGAGAGAGUUAGAAAAGGAGAAGAUGGCUGAGAUGGAGAAACUUUUAUCAAGUGGUAUUGAAGACCCUACUUCAGUUGUGCACCUGUUUUCUACCUCAAGCCAGGAAGAACUGAGGGUGUACAGUAAAAUUUAGUGGGAUCUUUCAUAUUGGAAUGACAAGGGGUUGUUUCAAGAUCAAACCCCAGCAUGCCCCACUAUGCAAUCAUUUCACUACAUUGUAACAGUAAAUGGUMGUUUCAUAAAUUGCUGCUCAUCAGUAAAAAGUAUUAAUACAUCUGGAUCAUGA